AUCAAGCAUUUAAGUUUUUUGUCCUCAGCCGCUUUCCGUACAGAACACGCUUGUGAUUGGUCAAACUGACGUCCAUGCUAAAUACAAUUGUCUGGAAAACGUCGGUCUGUCAAAAUGAGCCUGAGGAAGCAGACCCCGAGUGACUUUCUGAAGCAGAUCAUUGGCAGACCUGUUGUGGUCAAACUGAACUCUGGUGUCGAUUAUAGAGGUGUUCUGGCCUGUUUAGAUGGUUACAUGAACAUCGCCAUAGAGCAGACAGAGGAGUAUGUCAACGGGCAACUCAAGAACAAAUAUGGCGAUGCCUUCCUAAGAGGAAACAAUGUUCUGUACAUCAGCACCCAGAAGAGGAAAGUCUAGUGAAGACCAUUUUGAGUUCAUUUAAUUUUUUCAGUUUUUAAUAAUGUUUCAGAAGACGACUGUCAUACGUUUUUGGUUCUGUAAAGCUUGAGAAGCGUUUGUUUUGUGAAAGUGGACUAUAUGAAUAAACUCUGAGUUUCGAUUUA